CGUGUAAAUAGCCAAUCUGGCAGCCCCCGUUUCGGUAAACACGUUGCACUGUUUUUGGAUUUUUGCAACUGCGGUGAUUUGAAUGAAAUAAUUGUUCUAAACAAUUAGAAGGAACCCUAAUCGAACCGAAAUGGCCACCAGUGAACGCAAGGGCACCUUCAAGGUGGAGUACCUGCAGAAGAUCGAGCAGGAGGUGCAGCAGCGCUGGGAGAGGGAGCGCGUGCACGAGUCGGACGCCCCGACGGCGCCGAAGAAGCGGCAGGCGGAGAAGUUCUACGUGACCUUUCCCUUUCCCUACAUGAACGGCCGCCUGCACCUGGGCCACACCUUCUCGCUCUCCAAGGCCGAGUACUCGGUGCGCUACCACCGGCUGAAGGGGCGGCGCGUGCUCUGGCCCUUCGGCUUCCACUGCACGGGAAUGCCCAUCAAGGCGUGUGCCGACAAGCUGACCCGCGAGCUGGAGCAGUUCGGCUACCCGCCCAAGUUCCCCGACACCGAGGAGGCCGUGCCUGCGCCCGCGGAGAGCACCGCCUCCGAGGUGCCCAAGGACAAGUCCAAGGGAAAGAAGAGCAAGGCGGCGGCCAAGACCGGGACCGCCAAGUAUCAAUGGCAGAUCAUGCAGAGCCUCGGGCUGAAGGACGAGGAGAUCAAGGACUUCGCCAAUGCCGAGCACUGGCUGAACUACUUUCCACCGCUGGCGGUGCAGGAUCUCAAGAGGAUCGGCGUGCACGUCGACUGGCGGCGCAGCUUCAUCACCACCGAUGCCAAUCCCUACUUCGACUCCUUUGUGCGCUGGCAGUUCAACCACCUGAAGGCGCGCGGCAAGAUCAUGUACGGCAAGCGCUACACCAUCUACUCGCCCAAGGACGGCCAGCCCUGCAUGGACCACGAUCGCUCCUCGGGCGAGGGAGUGGGUCCCCAGGAGUACACGCUCAUCAAGAUGAAGGUGCUGGAGGCGCCCAAGGCGUUGAGCUCCAUCAAGCAGCCCAUCUACAUGGUGGCCGCCACACUGCGUCCGGAGACCAUGUACGGCCAGACGAACUGCUGGCUGCACCCGGACAUCAAGUACAUCGCCUGGCAGACCAGCAAGAACAACGAGGUCUGGAUCAGCACGCGCAGGGCGGCCAGAAACAUGACCUACCAGGGCUUCACCGACGUGGAGGGUGAUAUCAAGGUGCUGGCUGAGCUGACUGGCCAAGAUCUGCUCGGAGUGCCUCUCUCGGCUCCCCUGACCUCGCACAAGAUCGUCUACACCUUGCCCAUGCUGAGCAUCAAGGAGGACAAGGGAACUGGAGUGGUCACCUCAGUGCCCUCAGACUCCCCCGACGAUUACGCUGCUUUGGUGGAUCUGCAGAAGAAGGAGGCUUUCCGCCAGAAGUACGGACUGAAGGAUGAGAUGGUGCUGCCCUACGAACCCAUUCCCAUCAUCGAAGUACCCACGCUGGGCAAGCUGAGUGCCGUGCAUGCGUAUGAGACCCUCAAGAUCCAGUCGCAGAACGACAAGGAUAAGCUGGCCGAGGCCAAGGAGAUGUGCUACCUCAAGAGUUUCUAUGAUGGCGUGAUGUUGGUGGGCGAGUUUGCCGGGCGCAAGAUCCAGGAUGUGAAGAAGGAUCUGCAAAAGCGCCUGGUCGACGCCAAUGAGGCUGAUCUCUACUAUGAGCCGGAGAAGACCAUCAUGUCGCGCUCGGCCGAUGAGUGCGUGGUAGCUCUGUGCAACCAGUGGUACCUCAAUUAUGGAGAGCCCGUGUGGCGGGCUCAAGCCACCAAGAUUCUGGAGGACAUGGAAACCUUCCACGAGGAGGCGCGCAACAACUUCGAGGCCUGCCUGAACUGGCUGCACGAGUACGCCUGCUCCAGGACCUACGGCCUCGGAACGAAGCUGCCUUGGGACGACAAGUGGCUGAUUGAGUCCCUCUCGGACUCCACCAUCUACAUGGCCUACUACACUGUGGCUCACCUGCUGCAGGGAGGCACCUUCCGCGGCGAGAAGUCAGGGCCUUUUAACAUCAAGCCGUCGGACAUGACUGCCGAGAUCUGGGACUACAUUUUCUUCAAGGAAACCCCACUGCCCAAGAAGACGACCAUUAAGCCGGAACAUCUUGCUGUGCUGCGUCGCGAGUUCGAGUACUGGUACCCGAUGGAUCUUCGCGUCUCUGGCAAGGAUCUCAUCCAGAACCACUUGACCUUCUGUCUCUAUAAUCACGCCGCCAUCUGGCCAAACGAUGAGACCAAGUGGCCCAAGGGAAUGCGAGUCAAUGGCCACCUGUUGCUUAAUUCCGCCAAGAUGUCGAAAUCGGAUGGAAACUUCCUCACCCUGACCGAGGCUGUGGACAAGUUCUCCGCUGACGGCAUGCGUCUCUGUCUGGCCGAUGCCGGCGACAGUGUAGAGGAUGCUAACUUUGUGGAGAGCACGGCGGACGCAGGUAUCCUUCGUCUGUACACCUUCAUUGAGUGGGUCAAGGAGAUGCUGGACACCAGGAGCAGUCUGCGAAAGGGCGCUGAGAAGACCUUCAACGAUCAGGUCUUCCUGAGUGAGCUCAAUUUGAAAACCCAGCAAACUGAUGAGAACUACAGGAAGAUGCUGUUCAAGGAGGCUCUGAGGAGUGGCUUCUACGAACUCCAGUUGGCCAGGGACAAGUACAGGGAGCUCUGUGGCGCCCAGGGAAUGCACGAGGAUCUGGUGCUGGAGUUCAUCCGCAGACAAGCUCUUCUGGUCUCCCCGAUCUGUCCGCACAUGGCGGAGCAUGUUUGGGGACUGCUGGGCAACAAGGAGUCCAUUGUUCACGCCCGCUGGCCAGAGGUUGGAGCCAUCAACGAAGUGGAUAUCCUGUGCUCGGAGUAUCUCAUGGAAGCCGCACACUCGUUCCGUCUGAACCUCAAGAACUUGCUGCAAGUGAAGGGCAAGGCUGGUAAGGAUAAAUAUGCCACUGUGCAGCAGGAGAAACCGAAUCGCGGACUUGUCUGGGUGGCCAAGACCUAUCCCCCUUGGCAGUGCUGCGUUCUGGACACCAUGAAAGAGUUGUUCAACCAAUCGCAGUCCCUGCCGGAUAACAAAGUCAUCGCUGCCACACUGCAACAAAAGCCCGAGCUGAAGAAGUUUAUGAAGCGCGUGAUGCCUUUCGCCCAGAUGAUCCGCGAAAAGGUGGAGUCUGGCAAGGGAGUAGCUGCCCUGGCCGUCACUCUGGAGUUCGACGAGCGCCAGGUGUUGAUCAGUAAUCUGGAGUACCUGAAAAACACACUGGAUCUGGAUGUCCUGGAAAUUAAGUACACCGAUGACCCCUCGGCGCCGGAGAAAACUCGCGAGGAAGUGCGUCCCGGCUCGCCCUUCAUCAGCUUCUCGGUGGCUCCCAAUGUGAGCGUGGAGCUGACGAAUCCCAUUGAGCGCUCUUCGCUCUUCCAGGUCAACACCGUCAUUUCUGAGGGCGACACCGUGCAGUCCCUGCGGGAGAAGCUGGCCAAGAUCAUUGGGCUCAAAACGGACACGGCUAACCUGAAAAUCUGGCGUUACGAGGAUCCCGUUCUGGGCCCCCGGAAGAUACCCAACUUCCAGGACUACAAGGCGGGAAAGACUGUGCUCAGCGAUGGCAACUUUGUCCUGGAUGUGGCGUCCAAGAAAGUCAGCGUGGAGCAGGGCGGCAAGCUGACCGAAGUGGGAAGAAAUCUUAUCUAUGUGGUGGAUUAAAUCGAGAAGCAUCACAAGCCUAAUUAAUUUAUUCAUAGAAUGAAAUUGAAACCUUGUAAAACGAAAUCUUGGCUAUUAAACUGUACUGUGAGACGCUUGUGCCCAAUUCAAUUAAAGUAAAACUUAAUCUAAGGAUGGUUAAUUGUAAUAGAUGUCUGAAAUGAACUUGAAACCAGUCUGGCUGUAUGUCUAGUGACCCAAUUAAAAAACUAAAUGAAUACCAGGCC